AUGCACGACGCCCACGAUGCCCAUGCCGGCAUCAAGUACCCCAUGAGGCCGCACCACCAAUCCCACCUGUCGGGCACCCGCUCGUCGGGGCUCUACUCGCCGCAGGACCAGCCGCAGCAGCAGCAGCAGCAGCAUCCUCAGCUCCAGCAUCACCACAGCCAGAGCCAGAGCCAGAGCAGCCAGCCCUCGUCCGCCGCCCAGCGCUACUCGCCCAUGGACACGCUGUCGCCAACCUCGCCCUACGCCUCGUCCAAGCCGCAGUUCACCAGCUCGCCGUCGCAGCAGACGCCCCCCAACGCCGGCGACUACUCGCAGAGCCCCUACUACGUUGGCCGCGGCCAAGGCCCGCCGCAGCUGCCCCCCAUUGCGUCCUACACCACCACCCUCGACGGCUACCCCUCGUCUGCCGUGGCCGCGCUCGACGGCGCCUUCAGCGACUCCAAGGCUCCUCGCCGCCAGAACCCGCCCGCGAUGAGGGCCGUGCCCGAGUUCAAGAAGAUCAAGUCGCCCAACGAGCUGCAGCCCAAGAACACGAGGCAGCCGCGGUUUAGGCGGGCAAACCCAGAGGGAGGCUUCAUCAGCCCUCUCCAAGCUUUGACGGCGCAUCUGCCUGCCACAUAUCGCAUCUGCAACCCGAGCUUCAAGUACGAGUCAUCGCGGAACCCUCGCCGAGUCUUAACGAAGCCUAGCAAGGGCACCAAGAACGAUGGCUACGAUAACGAGGAUAGCGAUUAUAUCCUCUAUGUAAAUGACAUUUUGGGCUCCGAGGAAGCUGGUCACAAGAAUCGAUACCUUAUUCUCGAUGUGCUGGGCCAGGGUACUUUUGGUCAGGUCGUCAAAUGCCAGAACCUCAAGACGCAAGAGGUUGUGGCCGUCAAGGUCAUUAAAAAUCGCACAGCUUAUUUCAACCAGAGUAUGAUGGAAGUUUCUGUGCUUGAUUUGCUUAAUACAAAGCUGGACAAAAACGAUGACCACCACCUUCUCCGUCUCAAAGAUACCUUUAUCCACCGCCAGCAUCUCUGUCUCGUCUUCGAAUUGCUCAGCGUCAACCUGUACGAGCUUAUCAAGCAGAACCAGUUCCGCGGCCUCAGCACGACUCUGGUCCGUGUCUUUGCCCAGCAGCUCCUCAAUGGUUUAGCGCUGCUCAAUAAGGCUCGAUUGAUCCAUUGCGAUCUGAAACCGGAAAAUAUCCUGCUAAAGAAUCUCGAGAGCCCAAUCAUCAAAAUCAUUGAUUUUGGAUCCGCCUGCGACGAGCGUCAGACCGUCUACACCUAUAUCCAAUCGAGAUUCUAUCGUUCCCCCGAAGUCUUGCUGGGCCUGCCUUACUCGUCUGCAAUCGACAUGUGGUCCUUGGGCUGCAUUGUGGUGGAGCUGUUCUUGGGACUGCCCCUCUUCCCCGGGUCGUCAGAAUAUAACCAGAUUGCUCGAAUCGUGGAGAUGCUUGGCAAUCCUCCUAAUUGGAUGAUUGACAUGGGCAAGCAGGGCCUCGAGUUCUUUGAGAGGAGACAGGACGAGUUUGGAAGGCGGACAUACCACAUGAAGAGCAUGGAGCAGUAUUCGCGGGAGCACAACACCAAGGAGCAGCCUAGUAAGAAGUAUUUCCAGGCGAACACGCUCCCAGAGAUUAUCAAGUCAUACCCCAUGCCUCGGAAGAAUAUGAAGCAGAGCGAGAUUGAUCGAGAAAUGAACAAUCGCAUUGCUUUUAUCGACUUCGUCAGAGGCCUUCUUAACAUUAACCCUCUAGAGCGGUGGUCACCACAACAAGCAAAGCUACAUCCCUUUAUUACGCAGCAAAAGUACACAGGGCCUUUUGUCCCGCCGAUGAAUCUCAAGUCGAGCUCUCUUAAUAGGUCGCCAGCUCCCGGAACUCAGCAACAGCAGCAGGCCGAGGCCCUUAGCAAACAGCGAGCCGCACAGGCCCAGGCUCAAGCUGCACAGGCUCAAGCACAGGCCCAGGCAGCGGCCCAGGCCCAGGCUCAGGCAGCGCAGUCGCAGGUCAACUCUGCGCAAGGCGGAUAUGGGUCUCCAAUGGGCGGUGGCCAAUAUCAGCAGUCUGCCCAUGUGCCGGCUCCGCUAUAUUCCAACAGCGGCCUCUAUAACCCUGGGGCUGCUCAUGGAAAUGUGCCCCCUCAAUACGGACCACCACAAGCUGCCCAGUACGGCCAGAUGGGUAUGCAACAGGCUCCUCAACAGAUGCCGUCAUCGCAAUACCCGAACUCGGCACAGCCCAACAUGUAUCAGCAAGGCGGCAUGAGGACGAACAGGCAACGGGCAUCAACCAUGGAGCAACAGCAAAGCGGCAUCCCCCCAGCUCUGCAACGGGUUGCUAGCCAUCUCGAUCCAAGCCAACCUAUCCGACUCCAGCCUAGCCCGGCGUACUAUCCCCCAACUGGCGAGGGAUUAGAUAAUGCGGCGGCGCGCGCUGGAAGACGAGGAAGCCGGGUUCAACAGGGUGGUCAACGAAGCAACAGGGACUUUAUUCGUAAUCUGGAAGAACGGACUCUGGAAGAAGGUUUUAUGGGCAACCAGAACCCAUGGCAUUGA